AUGACUGAGAAGAAGACCACAGUCACUCCCAUCGGACCAUCGCAAGUUCUGGUGUCUUGCAUUGCCCAUCUCCAGAAUCUGCUCCAGAAUCUUCUGGAACAACUUCCGCUCAAUCCACCUAACUCAACAUAUGACUUCUUUCUCGACGAAGAGAGUCUUGCUGAGCAUGGACCCUUUGGUGCUCUCUCACACAUCCUUGAAGUCUGCUUUAGAACAUACCAAAACCCCCAAAUACACUUCUCUGAGCGUGGCCGUCGUCUCGAUGACCUUAUCUCAACUAUCAAAGCUGCAGUGAAGACCAUGUCUGACUCUGACCAGGAAGCAUUCUGUCAUGCAUGGCUUGAAGGACUGAUUGACACGGCAUUGCUCAACAGAGCAAAAAUAUCCAAGAAGCGCAAGGAGUCAGAUACAACAACACUGACAGCUCCAGCCCCAUCCACUUCCAGUCCAUGUGUGACCUCCAUCGAGAAACAACAGGGCAAGGUCAUCGAAAUUGAUUCCGACUCAGAGUCUCCACCAGCACCAAAAUGUCUUUGGCAAUCAACCAAGAAUGACAACAUAUCAUUGCCAGUUGUUAUCAUCAAUGAGACCUCCGACUUGGCUUCGAAAACUAAGCCUCCAUUGAAGCAGACCUCAUUGAAUGGGGUAUGGAAGAAGAGGAGCAAAUAUACAGAGGAGGCACUGGCUCAGGCUCAAGAGGUUUCACAGGUGAAAGAAGAAGAGCAAAUGCAUAAAGCAGUCGAGAGCGAGCAACGGCGGAAGCAGAAGAAGGAGGAGAAGGGGUGA